GGUGAUGGCCCACUAUAAAAAUCGGUUACAAAAACGAUUGUUAGAGGUGAAAAUGUCACAGAAUGACCUUCCACAGUAAAUGUAUUUUGUCCCGUUUGAGAAAAUGGCAGAUGGGACUAGAGCACAGGAUCAGCGGCGAUUGGAAGAAUCUGUCCAGCAAUUGGAGGAGGCUUUUGAACAAGCCGUGGAGUUGAAGGAGAUUCCCACAAAGCCAGGAACUGAUUUUAGUUCAGGUAAAGUUCCUCUUGUUGACGGACUGAGUGGAAGAAGCUCCUGGGAUUUAAAUUUCGAGUGGGAAAUGGCUUGGGCUUCUGAGAAGUCUCUAGUGGGAAGUUCUGUUGAGGGGAAUUCACCUCCUUAUUGGGAUACAGAUGAUGAUGAUGAUGGUGGGCCUAAACCGUCUGAGUUGUUUGGAAAAUAUACGUGGAAGAUAGAGAAAUUUUCUCAGAUUAACAAAAGGGAACUUCGUAGUAAUGCAUUUGAAGUUGGCGGCUACAAAUGGUACAUCUUGAUCUAUCCCCAAGGCUGUGAUGUUGGCAAUCAUCUCUCUCUGUUUCUUUGUGUGGCUAAUCAUGACAAACUUCUUCCAGGGUGGAGUCAUUUUGCACAAUUUACUAUAGCUGUGGUGAACAAAGAUCCCAAAAAAUCAAAAUAUUCUGAUACAUUACAUCGAUUCUGGAAGAAAGAACAUGAUUGGGGAUGGAAAAAAUUUAUGGAGCUAUCAAAAGUAUUGGAUGGGUUUAUUGAUGCUGAUACUCUAAUAAUUAAAGCUCAAGUUCAAGUCAUCAGAGAGAAAGCCGACCGGCCAUUCCGUUGCCUUGAUUGCCAAUAUAGGAGAGAACUUGUUAGAGUAUAUCUCACAAAUGUAGAGCAAAUUUGCCGCCGUUUUGUGGAGGAGAGAAGAAGCAAACUAGGAAAAUUGAUUGAAGAUAAAGCAAGGUGGUCAAGCUUCUCUGUUUUCUGGUCUGGAAUUGAUCAAAUUGCUAGGCGUCGAAUGUCUAGGGAGAAGACGGAUUCAAUUCUAAAAGUUGUUGUUAAGCACUUUUUCAUUGAGAAAGAGGUCACAUCAACAUUAGUUAUGGAUUCAUUGUAUAGUGGACUAAAGGCUCUUGAAGGCCAGACUAAGAGUAAAAAAGGUAGGGUGAAAUUGUUGGAAGCUGAAGAAAUGCCAGCACCUAUUGUCCGUGUUGAGAAAGAUACAUUUGUGUUGGUGGAUGAUGUUUUAUCGUUACUUGAGAGGGCUGCCAUGGAACCAUUGCCUCCUAAAGAUGAAAAGGGUCCUAUAUACUCCGACAAAGAUUCUAUUGAGCAAGUUGAAAGGCGUCUUACUGAACUUGGUCGUAGGACUGUGGAGAUAUUUGUUGUUGCUCAUAUCUUUAGCAACAAAAUUGAAGUUGCCUACCAGGAAGCUGUUGCACUCAAGAGACAAGAGGAGCUCAUCCGUGAAGAAGAGGCUGAAAGUGAGCAGAAGGCAAAACGCAGUGAAAAGUUGCAGCAAAUACGAUGAGCUAAUCUUUUAUCUUUUUAUUCUGCAAUUAUUAGGAUUAUGCAUUCAAUUUACAUUUGGUAUCAGUAGCAAGAUUGAUAUUUCUGCAGGAGCAUUUGUUUUAUGAUUCGUACAUGUUUUCUUGAUUUUAUUUUGUUUUUGGCUGAAUAUAGUAUUUUGUUGAAGGUUUCAUUAGAAAUGCUUCAGCUUAAUGUUUCUAAUAUUUUGGGCAAUAACAUGUUGUAUGAUGCCUUAGUCUUGCAAAACUAAGGUUUGAUUUUAA